GGUUUGUUUAUCUUUUUUAUCUGCGAUAAAUUUACAUAACUGCACUUAUCUGAUCAUUCAUUCAACUUGUCCGCGUGGUUACAACCGGCAAAACAGGGAAUUUACCCAGUUCUUUUAAUAUUCGUAGAUAAUUUAUACACACGAUCAGUGAUGCCAACUAAACGGAGAAAUCGUGAGAAAAGCACAUUAAAUGGGAGGGAAAAUGUCGCUAAUGGGAACACUGUGUUGAACAGCGGCAGUGUACAUGAUCAUGAUGAUCAUAGAGCAGUUCGCGUGGUGAAUGGCGAUUCGAACUCAAAGAGUUUGUGUAGCAAUAGCAGGCCCCGACCAGCAUCAUGGAAGACCAUUGCCAAGGCGACGGUGUUGUGCUGUGUGGCUGUAUAUUUCCUUAUCCCCGGGUUAGCACCGGUGGUACCACUUAUGUCAAAGCAGUUCCUAUACCUAAACAUUGUGAAAAACCCUUUCUCGCCGUCCUUGCAAUACCCGGAGCAGCAGAACCUAACAGGAGCCAGGAAUCUCCACAUUGGCACCCUACCACCUGACCCCAGCAUUCGGUUGGGCAUGUGGCAAAUUUUACCGCAGUCCCUGCAAAAUGGUGGCAGUAUACAAGACGACAGCCAGUUUGAUGAGGCACUAGGUGAUGGUAAACCAAUAAUACUCUAUCUCCAUGGCAACGCAGGGUCAAGAGCUGCAGAUCAUCGUCUGCUGUUGUACCGUCUCCUUAUUGGAAUGGACUUCCAUGUAGUAGCCCUCGACUACAGAGGCUUUGGUGAUUCCAGUGGUUGGCCCUCAGCUGAGGGAGUCGUAGAUGACGCUGAGUCUUCCUAUAGAUGGGUGCUGGAGAGGAGCAAGGGCGCCCCCAUCUAUGUAUGGGGCCACUCCAUGGGCAGUGGGAUUGGGAGCGCAAUGGUGAAAAGACUAUGCAAAUCAGGGUUGUGUCCACAGGGUUUGAUCCUAGAAUCUCCGUACAGCAGCAUGCACGACGCCAUGAUGAACCACCCAUUCACUGUGCCAUGGCGGUUUGUACCAGGAUGCUUGGCGCUGAUCAGCAAAGCCUACGAGGAAGAGGAGGCAAUGUUCGACAGUAAGGAGAACCUCCUUGAUGUCCAAUGUCCAGUGCUAAUUAUCCAUUCGGAGGAUGAUUUUGUUGUUCCUUACAAACUGGGCAAAAGACUGUACGAUUACAGUGUUGAGCACCGUGCUAAGUCCUUACCACCAGUGACCUUCCACUCCUUUGGAGACGCAGGAUUCGGGCACAGGCACAUUGUGGAUGCACCGGAUCUACCUGAAGUCAUCAGGAACUUCAUGAAGUGACGCAUCAAAUACUCAGGAAGUAGUCGAGUGUAGCUAAAUUAUGCGCGAGCAAUGCAAUUGUUCCAUUUCUUCUACUAGCAAGGUUUGAAGUGUUUCUCUAUUUAAGUUAUACUGUAUCUAAAACACCCCCCCCCCCAUAAAGAAGACUUUUUAGUACAUUAUGUGGUGUUGGCUUAAAUUGAAAGAAUAUGAACCGAUUCAUCAGCUCAUUUUCUUAUUAAGUUGCAUAACCUUAAGAACCUCAAGUACACAUGUACUCAACAUCCAACACAAAUGUUUGCAAUAAUUUAAUCUAUUCAGGUUUGUACAGCCCGUACCCCAUUAUUUUACAGUGGGGUUUGUGGUCCCAUGUUUUUCAGUGCAAAGAGUGUUCCAUUUGGUUUAAAUGCACAGUUUUUUCUAUUUUGAAGGCUUGCUAGCAAAAAUAAUAAGGAGUCUUAAUUUCAAACAACAAAAAUGUAUAUCCUGAGUACCGGCUCUGUGCACAAGAACCCCCUCAACAGUAAGACAGGGAGAGUUGGGGGAGACCACUGGGAGAGACAUUAGAAGGCAUUGCCAAUGACGCCUGACACUCAUGUUGAGACGCUUUGGCUUUGCUCACAUUCAUAAUUUAAUUAGUCGUGCCAACUUCACCCUAUACGUGCAUGAACCUGUACGUACGUGAACCAGUAUGUACAUGUUCUACAUAACCCCCCGAGGACAGACAUACAAAGGGAGAACAACAGAUCCUUUCAGUCCUCAGGAGUUGGGUCUUUUGUUGAAAACACUCCUCUGUCAUAUCCUCUGUGUGCUUAGUCUAUGGGAGAGUGUUACAUUACAGGGACAAAGGGAAACACAAAGCAUUGUCCUCAGGAGAAUAGUAAAACAAGAGACUAUGCACACUCUGUGUGUCCUGUUCACUGGAAUCUCAAAAGUGGUCAGAAAGCUCCCUCUCUUUAGUAACGGGUGGAGCCCAUACACUCCAGCAUCCAUGGAUCAUAAAAAGCCGUAUGUCAAGUAAAAGUGGCAUGGCUGUACCUUCCCCAAUCCUACAAAAUCCUCCAAAUGGGGCUGGUGGAUUCGAAGGAUCUGUGAAGGUUUUAGGGAAAUGAACAAAACAAUUGCUGGAGGUUAACAUAAUUGGUCAAUGCCGUGUGGAAAGACCAAUUUUGAUAGCCUCAUAAACUGUAGAUACAAUAAAUCAAGAAAACAUAUCUUUAGGGGGGAGGGGGUACCCUGUAUGCAGUUAGUUAAAGUGUAUUUCUUUCGUUGUAGUUUUCUCUGCGUAGUCUGGGUUUUAGAUUUGUUUUGCAAUUUGAGUUUUAAUUUUAACUUUAAGUAACCUGUAUCUAUUUAGAAGAUUUCUAUUUGCUAGGUUUUCAGGGUGUGUGUGUAUGCUUCUCAGGAAGUGUCAAGGAGUUGAUUAAGCAAAAAAUAUAUAAUUUAAUGCACAACAAAUGCAAGAAAAUGCACGAUUGAAGUGAAAUAUUUAAAAGUCAAAACUGAUCAUGGUGCAAAAUAAUGUAAUCAAAUAAGUUUUACUACUAAGAUGCCUAUAAUAUAUAUACAAUUUUUAUUUUGUAUAUAUGUAUUAAAUUUUAAGUUCUUAGUAAGAUUUUUUUGAAGGAUUUUGUAGAAUGCUUAAAAGUAGGAUAAAAGUUGUUUUAAACAAGGUAUCAUGACUGUAGAAGCUAUUGUACAUUUGAAAAGCAAGACAAGGUAAAGCCUAGUAGUGCUGGUCCCAGAGUGCAUUGAUUCUCGACGAUUCAUAAUGCAGUGCACCACCAAGAGUUUGCCACGGAGAGUUAAUUUUUCCAAGCAAGUGCAUUGUGGAAGAUGGUCGACAAAUUCGCAGCGCGGGGUGUUUGAAAUAGUUUGUUUUCCGGCCAGUAGUUUCGAAAGCUUAUGAUUUGAUUCGAGUAUAUGUUUGCCCUUUUCUUUUCUUUUUAUCAAUAUUGUGUUUUUUUUGUAAGGCGGCAGAAUUCUAUGCCUCAAUCAUAACUAAUUAGCUGAAGUUGUCUAUUGAAUCUCCGAAUGGGCCGUGUUUUGCCGACCGUAAACUUGAAAAAUGGACUCUCCAUGGCAAACUCUUGGAGGCGCACUGCAGGAAUGGCAAUCCACUGGAAAUCUGUUCAUGCAUGUGGUCUACAUAAUGGGCCAGAUUUAGGGAAAAUAUUCUAAAGCUUAACCAGAAUAAAACCGAGGUUUGGUAAACAUGACCCUGCCAAUCUGUGGGUAGCUGUGAUGAACAUUGUGCAAUGGCGCCCUCUUUUGGUAAAAGUGUUGCAUUUUUUUUCUGGCCAAGUUCUGUAGUGUAGACAUUCUUGAUUCGUAAAUCCCAUUUUAGUCAUGAAUCAUUAUGUUUGAAAACAAAUACAGAAUGGAUCAGCAUUGUGGUGGAAUAUCUAAUAAUUUCAUUGAGUUUUGUUUUUAUUCUUUACAUACUUAUGCGAAGUGUGCAGUGUGAAUAGGCCUACAUGCAGUUAGACAUGCGGUUUUUAAAGGAGACUUCCGAGAGAAUGCGCCUUUUGGGGCUCGAAAACCACGAAACGAUUAUAGUUGGAUAAGAUUGUUAAAAAGUAGAACAUGAAUGUUCACACAACCAUACCUUGGAAAUUUGCUGUUUUCGUGUAAUAACCGUGAGGAUGAAUGAUAGUGGUAUAACAUUUCGGUCCUCCAAAAUUGAGCAGUUGGAGCGCUAUAGUCGUCAUUUCAGUCAAACAAAUGUCUUCAAAGUUCGAAAUAUUAGCUGCCCACAAUAAUUCGGCUCUUGCCAGGCAGGUUCAUUGUUUGCGCAAAAUGAAAGCUCUUUUUCGGAGGUUGCGACGCCAAAACUCGGGGAAAGUAGUUUUUUGUGUGCGUGAAAACCAAACCAUACAAAUUAAAAAUUCGUUAGAAGAAAAAAAAAUCUAUUGUGAAGAGCACAAAAUUAAUAAACUGUACCUUGAUAAUUUCCUAGAUAAUAGAAUUUCAUGAAAUUCAUCAUGUGUUAUACAAUGUUGGUCAUUUUAUAACUUAUAGGCCCUACUUGGUUCUUCCAUAAGAUAUUGUAUAUUUUGACUGUGUGCAAACUAUUAAAACAAGCAAUUCAAACAGAAA